UGUAUCGAACGAACGCCCUGUGCCGUGCUGUUUAUUCGUAGCUGAUAUUCUGAGUCCGAUUCUAAUGUGCACUGAGUAUCGGUGCAUUUAUCUGCCGGUUCAAUUUGUUCUCGUACAGCGGUAUUUCUGAUAUGAUUCUAGUGUUAUGUUUAGUGAUUAAAUAACAAUGGCAGUUAAAACCGUCAGUUAAGUGCUGUGAAAGUUGUACCUGGUUGUUCAGUGUCGAUUUAAAAUGACGGAGAAAAAUAAAUCCGAAAAGAUGACGAACGCAUCGAAACCUGUUCCCAUGAAACUUUUUGCCGCCUGGGAAGUGGACAGGACGCCAUCCAACUGUAUUCCAAGGCUAUGCACAUUGCGUGUGACGCGGCUGCGAGUCUGCGGCGCGUUGGGCGAAGCGGGCGGAGGCGCGGCGGGCGGCGCAGGGGCAGGCGCAGUCACGCUGGCGGCGCGAAUGCACAGCAGCAAGCGCACGCUCCGCUCCAACGACAUUGCUGUGCCGCCGCUCGACGUCGAGCUAGACCUCUGCUUCUCAUUGCAGUAUCCGCACUUCGUCAAGCGCGAUGGCAACAGAUUGCAAAUAAUGCUUCAAAGGCGCAAGAAAUACAAAAAUCGCACAAUACUCGGCUACAAGACUUUGGCUGAAGGCGUCAUUAGGAUGGAUCAGGUGCUACAAAGAUCAAUGGAUAUGGAACUGGAGCUGACUGGCGUAGGAGGCAAGGUGGGUGCUGCGGCCGGACAGCCGGUUGCUCGUCUUACCAUCACCGGUCUCGCCUCCACGCCUGUCGACCAUGACACUAAGAACAACAACACGCUGCUCAUCACCGAGAGGGGUUAUUCUGAUGAAGAGGAGGAGGGUGAAUUCAGUUCUGUUGAGGAGGCGGACGAGAUGACAUACGGCGCACCAGCCAGGCGUCGCCCUCAUCGACAGAUUGAAUUCAAUAAGGCUGAUAUGUCAUAUACUAAGCUCUCUCGGUCACGUGACAUGAGCUACGCGGAGCGCGAGCGAAAGAGACACAGCUAUGCGCGCUCCAAGUUGCACGACAGAGACAGCGACAGCGAGCUGGAGAGCGCGGCCGCUAAGCGCAAGGGCAGCCGCGGGAAGCUCACGCAACGCAACUUGAAGCAGAAGUUCGCAGCGCUGCUGCGUCGGUUCCGCGUACCUGAAGAGCUGGGGGAGCGCGGCGCGGCGCGAGACACGCAUCACGCGCAGAGAGACAUCGAUGAACUCUUCCAGGAGCUGGAGUCUCUUUCGUGUGGUGAAGGUGAAGACUCCGGUCCUGACCAGAUGGACACGAUCAGUAUCGGAUCCACCCCGAAGCCCUCGCUGCGGCCCUUCUUCAGCAGCUCCCGGUCUUUGGCCAACCAGGACCAUCACAGGCACUCUAAUGUGACGCGGCACGCCAGUCUCGCGUCGGCCGCCGAGCUGACCACACCGCGCGACAAACUGCUGGCCACGCUGCCGCUUACAGAGUCGGAGGCGAUGCGCAGUUCUGCAGGUGACGAGCGCGGCAGUGAAGGCAACAGUGACGCUGAUGCUGCGCUGGACCCGCCAGUCUCCGGUGCCUCUGUGUCCAGCUCCCCGCCAAAUGAUACCAAGGAGGAGAAGCGGUCGCGUCUGUUCCGUAGUGCGACUAGUGGCGGCAACCUGACUCCGGCCGCGGCCGCUGCGCGCAAGAAGAACUCUCUCGCAGCUGCCGAGCGACCGCUCUCCGCGCACGACCUGCCCGCACAGAGCCCCACCACCACUGAGCCGCGGCGCACGCUGGUGGAGCAGGUGGGGCGCGUGCUGGGCGAGGAGGGCCCGGUGCCGGAGUGCGUGGCGGUGUGCGGUCCCGCCGCCGCGCUCGCGCUGCAGGCGCUCGCCGUGCCCGCGCUCGUCCUCGCCCCGCCGCAAGUACCCGACGUCCGCCCCCUGCUGCAAGCUAUAUACGCCAGGGCCGUCAAACAGAGUUCUCGUCGUGCGUGCGUGCGCGUGUGCAUGUGCGGGGGGGAGGCGGCUGCGGCGGCGGCUCUGCGCGCGCACGCCGAGCUGGCCGCGCGCCGCCCGCACGACGCGCCCAACAUGCGCUUCUACAUCGUACCUAUAGGUGCGUGUACGGUGUCGCGGUACCUGGCGGCGUCAGACAGCACGUACGCGGCGCUGUUCGCUGCGGACACGUGGCCCGCUAUCUGCGACCGCGCUGCUGAACACUCCAUGCCUGACAUCGCCGAGAUGUCCUCCAGGAUCGCCAGGUACUUGAACAGUGGAGGUGCGGUGAACAAUGUGCCAAUUGGCGAGGCGAUGGUGGCAUGCCGCGACCGCGCCGGCGAGGAUGACUCCAGCCAGACCUUCGUGCCCUUCAUCGCGGAGGUGCGCGUUGGAUGUGGUGAGGGCGGGCCUUCGUCGCUGGAGCUGGAGGAGGGCGGGUCCCCGCCCGCGCGGCCCUCGCCCCCCGCCACGCCCGCGCCUGACGUAACCCCCGUGCAGCCCCCACUCCUGCCGCACCUGCCCCAUCUGCUCCACACACCCAACCUGCCCCCACAGGAGCUGCAGCUUGACUAUUGGCUGGUGCCGGGGCGCGCGGCGGAGGGCGCGGACGGCAAGGUGACGGUGAAGGCGACGUUCCGCGCGCUCGUCGUGACACGACACAACGCGCAUCUCAGCAUCACUUAUCUCACCAAGGAGAAGAAACAGAAGAUAAUGCGAUUGGGCAAAAAGAAGGAGAAAUCAGAGCCGGAGGUGGGACGUGCACAGACUGUGGAGGGCGUGGCCAGACUCAUCUGUUCCGCCAAGGGUUCGCACAACGCGCCGUUGAAAGUAUUUAUUGAUGGCACGGAGUGGAAUGGCGUCAAGUUCUUCCAGCUGUCGACGCAAUGGCAGACACACGUGAAGACGUUCCCCGUGGCGACCUGUGGAGCGCCCCUCGCCCCGCCCGAGACUUAGGCCACUCCCAUGACAACUUAGGCCACGCCUCUCGCCCCGCCCAUACUGACGGGCGGCGCGCCAUUGGUGUAAAUCCAGCAUUAACAGCCAGAGGCCGCAUAGUGCUGCACUACGGAUGUAUCCGACAUUCCCAAUCUGAACGGAUAAAAAUAUCCGCAAUAGUACAGUCACGGCUUAAUAACGGAUACGUAUCCGUACAACAUUUCGCUGUACGCUCUUAAUAUUAAUCGAUGUCUAAUAUAUUGUAUAGAAUUAAGGAUUCGUUUCCAAUAUUUGACGCUACUGGUAGCGCGUAGUUAGUGGCCCGUUUUUUAUGUGUUAGCGAAUCCGAUCCUUACCCCUUACGCAGUAAGGUCGUAAUUCCUUAGUCAUGCAUGCUAUAUAUUUAAUAUAUGAACGUGGUAAGAUUUAUUCAAGCUGUAUAAGAAAGGCUCAAUCGCGUUAACUAUUUCAUUGUAGUCAUUAGUUAGCGGUUAGAGUUUGGUCGAGUUAAGGCAUAUAUAUGUACUCAAUGUAUCAGUUGUAAUGGUUCGUGACAUUUCCAAUAUGUGUGUAAGUUAGAAUUUAGGGAUGGUCCUGUGUUUAAAGAUAAAGUAUCGAUGUUUUUUUUUGCUAUGGCGAUGUUUUUUGUGAUUAUUAAUCGCUACAACUUGACAGUUUUAUAUGAUAACCGAAAUUUUUAACUUUUUAAAGCUUUCAAUUUGUUUGGUCAUGAUGUCUUCGUUGAAAUAGACAUUUGACACAUAAGCAACUAUUAUUAAUUUUUACUUAUUUAGCAAUCAAAAAACAUCGAUAUUUAUGUUUCAGUUUUUAUCGAUAUUCUGAACAUAUGGACAUCCCUAGUUAGAUUAUGUAUCGGAAA